AUGAAGCUCUCUAUACUCCUUCCGCUCGGCGGAUUUGUCUUGGCUUCUGCCACACCCCUUAGUCCCCGGAAUGCAACAUUGACCAAUGGCACUUGCACAAGCUUGAAUCAACGCAAGGCCUGGCAUACUCUAGAAGACUCGGAAAAGUCGGAUUAUAUUACAGCCGUCAAGUGUUUGAUGAACUCGCCUCCAGUCACGGGCAUCACUGGAGCCAAGAAUCGUUGGGACGAGCUGCACUACUGUCACAUUCAGCAGUCCAACUUUAUCCACGGCGUCGGUGCCUUUCUUCCUUGGCAUCGUCUGUUUAUUCAUUUGCAAGAGAAGCUUUUGCAAGACGAAUGUGGUUACACGGGUGCCGUCCCGUAUUGGCAUGAACAGCGCGAUCUUGAACUCUACGGAACCAUUGACAAGGCUUCCAUUUGGGGCUCUGAUGAUCUCAGCUUUGGCACAAAUGGCACAGGGCCCGAUGGGUGUGUAAUGGACGGCCCUUUUGCCAAUACGACGCUUCACAUUGACCAGGUCUGGGGUGUGGACUACUAUGAUGACUACUGCCUGGCCCGAUCGUGGAACCAGACGGCCUGGUUGACUGCCAAUCAGUCCUAUGUCGACAUUUGCUUUGCCAAGGACAACUACAACGACGCCAACUUUUGCUAUGUGGACAAUCCUCAUAGCUGCGGCCACUUGGCAACUGGCGGUACCAUGGAGGAUCAAAAUGCCAGUCCCGGAGACCCAGUGUUCUUCCUCCACCACGCCAACCUCGAUCGACUUUGGUGGCUCUGGCAAAAGGCGAACCUGACCAGCCGUCUCACUGACAUGAGUGGUUCCAUCAUUCCCCCAAACUAUAUCAUGCAACAAAAUCGAUGGCUAUACCCAUCGGCAGCCUUUAUCAACUACGAUGGCGACCCGGGCAACGAGACCACUCUGAACCACGUCUUGUGGAUGGCUGAUAUUAUUCCAAACGUUACGGUUUCUCAAGUCAUGGACCUCAACGGUGACAUGAUUUGCGCCGAGUACAUUGAACCUGACGAGUAA